UAGGUGCAGAGGGUAAUUAUCAGCAGUGUUUACCUGCUGGCAGCACAGGCGACUUCAGUUUGGACCGAACCACACUGUGAAGGAGGACGAGGGGAUGCUGAUGGUCUCUAAGUGGUUAAUAGUUUAGGAAAAUGAAACAAAGUCUUAGUUAGGAUCGUUCGGGGAGCAAUACAUGGAAACUUUUACUUUUGUAAGAGCACGGGUGGGCAAAGAUGCCAACAGCUAUUAAAAGAGCUGCCUGUAUGCCUUCAUUGCCCUCUCCUCUAAGUUGGACGGAUUGCAUUUCCUUGUUGUGUAUCUCUUCCUGUAAAGUUUUUGUGUUGGAAAGUUUGAGAAGUUUUGUUUUUGGUUUCCUUUCACCUCCCACCGCUGCUGUUUCGUUUUGGAGGGAGAGGGUUAAAGGGGACAGGGCGGGGGUCCACUGCCUGGUGAAGCCGAAGAACUAGGAUGUGUUCAUUGGAAGACAUCAGGAAUAAAUACAAACUUCACCUGUUGGUCUGGCACAAUCAGUACAGAGAAGCUGAGAAAGAACUGAAACAGCAUGAUAUUGAAGCAGUUGAUCCACGAGGUCGGACGCCAUUGCAUCUCGCUGUCUCACUAGGACACUUGGAAUGUGUCAUUGUGCUACUUCGAAACAAUGCCUCUGUCGACAAGGAGAAUGCCAAGGGAUGGACAGUUCUACAAGAGGCAGUCAGCACAGGAGAUCCUGAGCUGUUGGAGAAAAUUCUUCAGUAUCGAGAUUAUAAUCGAAUAAAUUCACAGCUGAAUGGAGUUCCAGAACUCCUCAGCAGGAUACAAAAGACUUCUGAUUUCUACGUGGAGAUGAAAUGGGAGUUUACCAGCUGGAUUCCCCUUGUGUCAAAGAUGUGCCCAAGCGAUGUGUACCGUGUGUGGAAGAGUGGUGCCAACCUGCGAGUGGAUACAACCUUACUGAACUUCGAGAAUAUGAAGUGGGAAAGGGGCCGUCGCAGCUACAUUUUUAAGGGCAAGGCUGAUUCAGCAGAGUUUAUAGAGGUAGACCACGAUAACCAGGUCAUAGACCGAGAACACUUUUCGCUCUCACAGGAGCAACAAGGGCUCACACUAUCCUCCAUAAAACCAACAAAGGAUCAGAUUGCAAAUCGUCUUACAUCCCCAAUUGUUUCUACAUGCCUUGAUACAAAAGACAUCUCCUUUGAGAGGAAUAAGUCUGGAUUCUGGGGUUGGCGGACAGACAAGACUGAUGUUGUUCAAGCACAUGAGGCCAAGGUUUUCACUGUGAACAAUGUUAAUGUGGUGACCAGGAGCAGAACAGAACACCUGACUGAUGAGGAGAAGGCCAAAUAUAAAGAUGAUAAAAAUCUACUCGAAUCUCUGCUGGGAAAAGUGGAGGAGCAUAUCAACCCGAAGAACGAGCACCUCAUUACGGAAACCGCAACUGUUAAUAACCCCACAUCCAUCACGCCGGAAGAAUAUUUCAACCCAGAGUUUGAUCUUGGAGACCGAGAUAUUGGUCGACCCAUGGAACUCUGUACCAAAUUACGCAAAUUUAAAGCAACACUGUGGCUCUGCGAGGAAUACCCACUGUCUUUUGUGGAGCAGGUGAUUCCAAUCAUUGAUCUUAUGGCAAGAAGCAGUGUACAUUUUGCAAAACUCAGGGACUUCAUCACAUUGCAAUUGCCACCAGGAUUUCCUGUCAAAAUAGAAAUACCACUCUUCUAUGUACUGAAUGCACGAAUUACUUUUGGAAACGUGAAUGCGUGCAGCACCGUCAAGGCACAUCAGGGAUCACAGAGCAACUUAGUAGUGCCGACAUCAAAUGGAGACUCGAACUUUAAAGUGGAUCCAGCUGUUUUUACCAUACCGGAAAACUACCACGUCCGUGGCAAUGGCAGGAACAUGGUGCGUGGAGUUGAAGAUGAGAAUGAUCGGCUGAUUCAGUUUGCAAUCCAGCAGAGUCUGCUGGAUUCUCGUCCUGAUGGCGGUGAAGGCGUAUGGGAGAUGCCAUCCAGCAGGACUUUACAGCUGGAACAGAACUUGGACCAAGAUAGUGAAAGGGCGAUCAAUGAAAGCAUUAUAGCGGAUUCCCAUGACUCUCACUCCAUAGAUAGGUACUCCAGCUACAGCACUCAGUUGCAAAUUGCCAUGGAGCUUUCUGCCAAAGAACUUGAGGAGCAAGAGGAAAAACUGAGAGAAGAGGAGGCCGUGCUGAAGCAAAUAUUGGAGCUUUCUCUGCAAGAGAAAUGAAGGCUCCUCGUGGCCAAUUGAAACCGGUGCACAGCACUUUAUUAAUCUGUUACAACCAUGAAAUUAAUCUGACUUUUCUUAAGGUGUGUGUGUGUGUGUAUAUACACUUAGCCAACAGGUUGUGUUGACAAUUCUUUCCUCCCCUGAUUCAAGGUGCUGAUUGGAAUAUAACAUUCAGCUCCCGUGGGAAUUAGCCUCCCACCCAAACCCAGCAGUCGAAGUUUGCCUUAGAAGCCAAAAUAUCACCUAUUGUUUUGGUUCCAAAGCAGAAAUUCGUUGUAAUGAGUCUUCUGUUUUGAUGGUUUGCUGCUGAGCUCACUUGAAAGUGCUAUAACUGACAUUGCAUGAUUGGAAACAGCCAGAUUCUUCCUGCACUGAAAUAAACUUCCAAACAGCAAGCAGACAACUUUCAACAAACAGCAAGCAGACAACUUUCAACAAAAUACAUGUGUUGACGUAUGCAAACACUUGCACUUAUGAUGCUGAAUUUCAUAGAAGCUGCAUUAAAUUUGAACCCUGCACCAGGGGUAAUGUAGGCAAAGCCACAUUUAUUGCCCCAAAGGUAGUUGCCUGAGAAGAGUGAUUGCAGAUCAUUUGAUCAUGGGGAAGGGAGGACCCCAUUGUCAUGUCUCACCCUGUGCUUAGGCAAUCUUUGCAUUUGCACACUUUCCAACAGUGCUUGCUGGAAAGUGAUCAGGAGCAGGAAUCCUGGCCUUAUUUCAUCCCUAAGCUUUAGCUGAGUUAAGCUUAUAACACCUGAGGAUCAGCUUGAGAACCGUUCACAUCUGUACUAGCAAAAUAUUGUGACUGGCUCCAAAAACCCAACGGGGAGGAUUAUGUUGAGUAAUCACUUGAGCUUUGUUUGCAGACUAUAACUGAUGAAUGUAGCAUUUGAUCUUGCCAAUUUCUUGUUUGCAGAAGUGAAUGCCCCACACUCCUAUUUUUCUACAUAGCUCUGACUGUGGUGCAGUGUGAAAUUAUUUUUUAUCCAUUUAAAAGGCAGAAAAUAAAACCUAUAUCCUAA